AUGGCGGCCAAGCCUCCCGCUCUCGACGUGUCGGCCACGCACAUCGUCGCGACGCUCUUCUACAAGGCCGACACGCCCAACUUCUUCCAGCAUGCCGAUCUGUCCCCCCGAAGUCCCGGUGACCCAAUUCCCUCCGCUUCCCUCGAGUCGCUGAAGGACGGCGCCGUGCCCACCGAGAACCUCGCAGACUACCCCCUCGAACCGCCCACACCUGGGCCCAACGCCCGCGACAAUCUCUACGGAAGCUACGUCAGCCAAAGCUGCCUCACCGAGUUCUUCGUCACCCUCACCAGCAUUAUAACCGGCUUGGAGCAGAACACCAUAACGAGCAAGAGGCUGGAGGCAAGCAAGCUCUGUAGGGUAGUCGAAGUCACGUUCCCCUUGCCAAGCGCCUCGCCCGUCGCGCUUGAGACGUUGCGCAGGCAUGAAGCCGUGUCGCGCUUCGAGCGCGAGUGGAACGUUGAGUGCGUCUUCCAGGCAGACACCAUACAUCGGCGCUACAAGAGGCUUGCCGUCUUCGACAUGGACAGCACCCUCAUACAGCAAGAGGUCAUUGACGAGAUCGCUUCGCUGAUUGGCGUGGAAAAGGAGGUAUCCGCCAUCACCGCUGCUGCCAUGAACGGUGAGCUUGACUUCGAGGCUAGUCUGCGCGCACGAUGCAAGCUGCUCAAGGGCGUGCCAAGCAGUGUAUUUGAGACACUGAAGCCAAGAAUAACAUUGAACGAGGGCGUCAAGGAUCUUAUCACCGCUCUGAAGCGAUUGGGCUUCAAGACAGCAGUACUUAGCGGGGGUUUCACUCCCCUAACAGGAUGGAUGGGACAGCAACUUGGUCUUGACUACGCCUUUGCUAACCACCUGGUCGUUUCCGACGACGGAGCCACACUCACAGGCGAAUUGACCGGUGAGAUUGUGCACGCCCAGAAGAAACGCCAACACGUCCUAGGAAUUGCCGAGAAGGAGAAUAUACUCCUGGACCAGGUAAUAUGCGUCGGCGACGGCGCGAACGAUCUUCCUAUGAUGGGCGUAGCCGGUCUGGGCGUUGCCUUCCACGCGAAGCCAAAGGUGCAGAUGCAAGCUCCUGCUCGUCUCAACUCAAAGAGCAUGCUGGAUGUACUGUAUCUCUUCGGUAUUUCAAAGGAAGAGCAGGAAACACUAUUGCAAUAG